AUGGAAACUGAUUACCAUCACUACCCCGGUGGUGAACAUAAAGGUGCAGAAACUAAACGGUCUUUUAGUAAAAAUUUAAAACAUCGGCAGCAAGUUUCACAAGAAAUGGCAAAUUAUGAUCCGCACUCCAAUGAUUUUGGGGAUAUGCAGCGAGAAAACAUCGUAAAAUCAUUGGCAAAUGACGAAACACUUCUGAAUGAUUUCUUACGUUUUCGUCAACAACAACAACCUGUACUCCCAAAACUCGGACAAUAUGGGUCUUCUCGCUACGAAAAUGUGUUGGUUAGCAUACAGCCAACCCAAAAUUACUCAAAUCAUGCUAAAAGCAUCCCAACGAGAUUUGUAGUGCAACCAGAAGCAUCGACACCAAAUAAACGUAGAUUAAACGAUAGUUCUGGUUCAGGUGGUCUACCAACGUCGAAGCAACAGCGAUCGAAUAACAAACAGAUUCAAGCAAACCAAGUAAUACUGUCUGCUCCAUAUGAACAACGAUCAGGUGAUACAACAUCGAAAUCGGCACAUCAACGCAAAAUCCCUUUCGAACAAGUUAAACGAGCUAUCUCGAGUAAUUUACCAUGUUUUUAUAUAACUUUCAAUCACGUUGAUACAUCUCAACAAGUGCCAUCGGCAUUUAAUGCUGCGGAACAAAUCGUUCAACAUCUAAAACAACAAGAUAUUCGAAUUAAUAGAUUUACUUUCGUUGGAUGGGCUGGUGCAAAACUCAAAUUAGGCGUAAAUAACAAAGCAGACUACAUCAAUCUCGUAUCAACUGUUAAAUGGUCGACUAAUAUAAUGAAUAUAUCAAUCACCAUUGAGAAACCGAAGUUUAUCCCCGACUGCUUUGCACUCGUUAUCCGAUAUGUACCACGAGGUAUGGAUUAUGAAUUUAUAAGGGAAGAAGUUUCAAGAUCAAUUGCAUCAGUAGAAAACGUAAAGCAGCUUCAAUACGCAUAUAACCGAAAAACAGAUGAUUAUCGCUUUCGCGUGAAAGAUUUUCAUGAGUAUGAUCGAGCGUUAAGCAUAUGGCGUAUAUCUAUUGGCAAUGCUAUGUUACCGAUCACACCUUUUCUCCAAGACAAUAAAAUAACUUAUUGUACUCGUUGCUGGUGUAUAGGACACAUGAAAAAUAGAUGUCAAGCUUCAUCUGCUCACUGUCAUAUAUGUUCCUCAGGAAAUCACAGAUAUUCAAGUACAUAA